CCUGAAACAAAAGAAAUGGAAAUAUCCAGUGAUAAGUACAAAGUUUCCUUCAUCUUUGAUGGUCUGGAUGAGUGUCGUCUGUUUCUGGAUUUUCAGAGCGAUGUGAGGUUGUGUGAUGUGACUGAAUCAGCCUCAGUGGACGUGCUGCUGACGAACCUCAUUGCGGGGAAUCUGCUUCCCUCUGCUCUCAUCUGGAUCACCUCCAGACCAGCAGCAGCUGAUCUCGUCCCCUCUGAGUGUGUCCAUCGAGUGACAGAGGUACGAGGCUUCAGUGACCCACAGAAGCAGGAAUACUUCAGGAAGGGAAUCCGGGAUCAGAGUCUGGCCGACAGGAUCUUCUCACACCUGAAGUCAUCAAGGAGCCUUUUUAUUAUGUGUCACAUCCCAGUGUUCUGCUGGAUCUCAGCCGCUGUUCUGGAGAAGAUGUUGAGUGAAGCAGAGAGAGGAGAGAUUCCCAAGACUCUGACUCAAAUGUACACACACUUCCUGAUCCUUCAGACCAACAUCAAACAUGAGAAGGACUAUGAGAAGAAAGUGAAAGAUGAAGACAUGAUUGUCAAACUGGGAAAACUGGCAUUUCAGCAGCUUGAGAAAGGCAACCUGAUCUUCUAUGAGGAAGACCUGAGAGAGUGUGGCAUUGAUGUGACAGAAGCAUCAGUGUACUCAGGAUUGUGCACUCAGAUCUUCAGAGAGGAGUUGGGCUUGUAUCAGGGGAAAGUCUUCUGCUUUGUUCAUCUGAGCAUUCAGGAACAUCUAGCAGCUCUAUAUGUGCAUCUCUCCUUUAUGAACAAGAACAUCAAUGUGUUUGACCAGAUUACCAAACCAACUAAAGCUUCACUAUCUGACCUCCAUCGGAGAGCUGUGGAUGAGGCUUUAGACAGUAAAAAUGGGCAUCUGGACCUUUUCCUUCGUUUCCUUCUGGGUCUGUCAGUGGAGUCUAAUCAGAGUCUCUUACAAGAACUAAAGACACAGACAGGAAACCGCUCUCACAACAAUGAGAAAACAGUUCACUAUAUCAAAGAGAAGAUCAGUGAGAAUCCCUCUCCAGAUAAAUACAUCAGUCUGUUUCACUGUCUGAAUGAACUGGGUGAUCUUUCACUAGUGAAUGAAGCUCAACCUCAUAUGAGCUCUAGAGGAUUACGUAAUGUGAAACUCUCCUCAUCUCAGUGGUCAGCUUUAGUUUUUGUGUUGUUGACCUCAGAGGAGACAAUGAAGGAGUUUAACCUGUACAGAUUAAUUGGAUACAAAACUGAUCAUGACACAGUAAAUACAGCAGAUGAAGUUCUUCAGAAGAUGCUGCCUGUGAUUACAGCAACUAGAUCAGCUGUGUUGGGUGAUUGUGGUGUCACAGAUGAAGGUUGGGCUGCUCUGGCUUCAGCUCUGAGAUCAAACUCCUCGCACCUGAGAAAACUGGAUCUGUCUGGAAUAAACUAGGAGACUCAGGAGUGAAGCUGCUUUCUGC